GAAGAUGGCGGCACCGGGCAGAGCCGUCACCGGGGAGACGCGGCGGCCUCACCGCCUGCAGCACUGAGGGCCCGGCAGAGCCGCGCCGGGGGCAGCUCUGAAGUGGGAUGCCAUGGCCAGCUCCUCUGACAGUGAAGAUGAUGGUUUCAUGGCUGUGGAUCCAGAAGAUGCUGUGGUGGAAGGGACGAUGGAGCAAGAUGAUGAGCCCCGUGCUGAGCUGGAGGAGGUUGAGGAGACCAGGCAUAACAGAUCAAUGCUGGAGCUCCCUGAAGAGGUUUUGGAAUAUAUCCUCUCCUUCCUUUCACCCUACCAGGAGCACAAAACUGCUGCCCUUGUCUGCAAACAGUGGUAUCGACUGAUCAAAGGUGUGGCCCAUCAGUGUUAUCAUGGCUUUAUCAAAGCAGUGCAAGAAGGAAACAUUCAGUGGGAGAGUCGCACUUACCCCUACCCAGGCACCCCCAUCACCCAACGCUUCUCCCACAGUGCAUGUUACUACGAUGCCAACCAGUCCAUGUAUGUCUUUGGGGGCUGCACACAGAGCAGCUGUAACGCGGCUUUCAACGACCUCUGGAGGCUCGACCUCAACAGCAAGGAGUGGAUCCGGCCCCUGGCCUCAGGUUCUUACCCCUCACCCAAGGCUGGUGCCACCCUGGUGGUCUACAAGGACUUGCUUGUGCUCUUUGGUGGGUGGACACGGCCAAGCCCUUACCCUCUGCACCAGCCAGAGAGGUUCUUUGAUGAGAUCCACACAUACUCACCUUCCAAAAACUGGUGGAACUGCAUCGUGACCACCCAUGGCCCCCCUCCCAUGGCAGGACACUCCUCCUGUGUCAUUGAAGACAAGAUGAUUGUCUUUGGGGGUUCUCUGGGCUCUCGGCAAAUGAGCAACGAUGUCUGGGUGCUAGAUCUGGAGCAGUGGGCUUGGUCCAAGCCCAACAUCUCUGGCCCCAGCCCUCACCCACGUGGUGGCCAGUCACAGAUCGUGAUAGACAACGAAACCAUUUUAAUCCUGGGUGGCUGUGGUGGUCCCAAUGCACUGUUUAAAGAUGCUUGGUUGCUUCACAUGCACACAAACCCCUGGACGUGGCAGCCGCUCAAGGUGGAGAAUGAAGAUCAUGGAGCCCCGGAGCUGUGGUGCCAUCCUGCUUGCAGGGUAGGACACUGUGUCGUGGUCUUCAGCCAAGCCCCGAGUGGCAGAGCCCCUCUCAGCCCCAGCCUCAAUUCCCGUCCCUCUCCCAUCAGCGCCACGCCGCCCGCGCUGCUCCCCGAGACGCGGGAAUAUCGCUCCCAGUCUCCCGUCAGGAACACGGAGGAGGCUCCUUGUGUCAACGGCCGCUGGGGCACCCUGAGACCCAGAGCCCAGAGGCAAACCCCGUCGGGAUCCCGGGAAGGCAGCCUCUCCCCUGCCAGAGGGGACAGUUCCCCCGUGCUCAACGGUGGCACUUUGUCUCCCGGGGCCGCGGCCGCGGGCGGAGCCUCCUUGGACAGCCCGGUGCAGGCGGUGUCCCCGGGCACACCCUCGGCAGCCGAAGGAUUCGACCUCAAAGCGGGGCUGUCCCCGGGGCCGCGCCGGGGAUCGCUGCCGGAGCAGCGGGACCUGCGGCUGGGAGCCGUGGAGCUCAGCUGGGACCAGAAACCCCCGGGUUCCCUCCUCUGCCAGACGGACGGGAUGGAGGGCAGGACGGUCGGCGCCAACGGGAAGAACCCCCCGGAGCAAACCAACGGCAUCCACACCCCACCCCACAUCACCCUCCCGGGGGCCGUGUCCCCCGGCGCGCUCCGCAGGAGCUUGGAAGCCGUCAAAGCUCUUUCCUCCAAAGGUUCCUCGGCUUCUGCGGCCUUGAGCCCCCCCUUGGCUUCUUCCCCGGGGUCUCCGGGGGCCGAGUCGGGCUCGGCGGCACGCGUGGGCUCUAGCCAAGGCGAUGGCCAUUCCUUACCUCCCAUCGCCCGCCGGCUGGGCCACCACCCUCCCCAGUCCCUCAACGUGGGGAAGCCUUUGUACCAGAGCAUGAACUGCAAACCCAUGCAGAUGUACGUCCUGGACAUUAAGGAGACAAAAGAGAAAGGACGCGUCAAAUGGAAAAUAUUCAACAGCAGCUCGGUGGUGGGGCCGCCCGAAACCAGUUUACACACGGUGGUGCAAGGCAGAGGGGAGCUGAUCAUAUUCGGUGGCCUGAUGGACAAGAAACAAAACGUCAAAUAUUACCCCAAAACAAAUGCCUUGUACUUUGUGCGAGCAAAAAGAUAAUGAGGCCCCCCCCGGCCCUCUGCCGCCACCUUCCCCCCCUUCCCUCCCCACGGCUCCCUCCCCUGCUCCCGAGUCCUUUGCCCCUUCCCAGGUGUUCAAACUGUGAAUUAGGCAGCGAGAAACCAAUAAAAAUCCAAGCCAAAACCUCCAGUGCUUCCCAGUAAGAUCCCGGUGAAGCCACCGAGCAGGGAAGGACCCCACGCUGAGGACCUGGGGUGAGCAGGUCGGGAAUUCUGCCAGGAUCCUCCCGAGCUUGGGGUUUAUUUUGCCCGGGGCUGGAGAGGCUUCGGCUCUCUCCAAAACUGGGAGGAAACCUGGUUUUAAUGACCAACCCCAGUAACCAGUGGGCAGGAGGCUGUUCCCAGUUUAUUCCCUGUUUUAUUCCUGGUUUCUUUCCGGGAGGAAAACGACAGCAAUACCCCCCCCAGGGAUCUCCCCCAGCUGCAAACCUUCAGCUCCACACAAACACGAGGCCUUUUGGCUGCCUCUCAUCCCUUUGGCUGCCCCACUCUUAUCCCUCUCCUUCCCUCCAGGAAGAUAGGAGAGGAUUUUUGUGUCAAAACACCAAAACCCAUGAAGGUUUCUCCUCCCUUCCCUGCCCUGUGCUGGAUUAGGCUCAGGGAUCACCUGUGAUCCUUUCCCAUCAGCAAAAAACCCCAUUAACUCUCAAAAUCCCAUCAUUCCCCCCCUCAAAGUUGAGGAAUUUGGCUGCCUUUUCCCUUUUAGCCUUGAAAGUUCCAGUUCACCCAAGAGCCCAAACCCCUGAAGGCUGAACCAGCACCUCAGAGCCUGGAGAACAGGUUGGGGUUUGGGUUUAUUUAUUUUUUUUUUUCAGCCAAAAAAUGGGAAUAUUGGUCAGUUUGAAGGUGUGAGCAGCCCCAAGGAGCAGGACCCACCCCUCAGCUUUGCCUCUUGCCACAAAGAUCCCAACCAAAAUCCGAAGAGAUUGAACCUCUGCGUCCUUCUGAAACAACCUGGGAAAAAAAUGGGCGGAUUCUGCCAGGUUUUGGUCAACAAGUGAAAAACAAGGAACCCUCCCCACACCGGCAGUGCCAUGACGUGGCCCCUUUUCCCUCUUUUUUCCCUUUUUUUGCCUUUUUUUCCUCUUUCCUUCCCAUCCCCACGGAGCUUUUUUGCCGGUCAGAGCCUUAAAUCUCACCCCAGCCCCUGGGGCCAGGGAGGGUUUUGCUUCAUUUCCUUCAGUCCCCGCUCCCCCAACCAUAUGAUUUCUCCUAAAAGAAGGCAAAAUGUCUUUUCUGAACCUUUCCCCCCAAAAAAAAACCCCUCAGGAGCACCCAAGGUGAGCUGUGAAAUACUUUUUGGCUGCGGGGAAGGUGGGCGGGGGCUUUGGUGUUGGUUCCUUUGCAUGGUUCUUGUCAUCCAUCCCAAAAGAAAAAAAAAGAGUUUAAAAAGGGAUGGAGAGGGGAAUAAUGUCCUCAUUGCCUGGAGCAUCCCUCCAGGGGGGUUUUCCCCAAGUUUAUGUGUUCCCCAUCCUCAAAAUAGUCUAAAAUCCCCACAACCGGCCCCAAAAUCCCCACAGCUGGUCCCAAAAUUCUCAAAAUCCCUUCAACCGAUCCCCAAAACUCCAAGACUGGUCCCAAAAUAUCCAGGACUAGACCAAAAAUCCCCAUAAAUGGCCUGAGAAUCCCCUCAACUAAUCUGAAAAUCCCCAAAACUGGUCCCAAAAAAACCAACCGGUCUCAAAAUGCCCAUUACUGGUCCCAAAAGCCCUCCAACUCAUCACAAAAUCCCUUCAACUGGCCCCAAAAUCCCCCCAACUGGUACCAAAAUCCUGGUCCUAUAAUCCCAACGACUGGUCCCACAAUCCCCAGUCCCAAAACCCCCUCAGACUGGCCCCAAAAUCCCCACAGCUGGUCCCAAAAAUCACAAAACUGGUCCAAGAAUCCCCUCAGCUGGUCUCAAAGUUCUCUCAACAAGCCCCAAAUAUCCUCUCAACAGGCCCCAAAAUCCCAGCUGGCCUCAAAAUCCCCUCAACUGGUCUCAGAAUCCUCUCAACUUGCCUCCAAAUCCUCUCAGCUGGUCCUAAAAUGCCCAUUACUGGUCCCAAAAUCCCCAUAAGUGAUCCCAAAAUCUCAGCUGGCCCCAAAACCCCCACAACCAUUUCCCUAAAACCCCAGAACUGGUCCAGCAAUUGGUCCUAAAAUCCCCUCAACCGGUCCCAAAAUCCUCUCAACAAGCCCCAAAAUCCCAUACUGGUCCC